AUGUUCGCGUUAUUGCUUACCACCCGGCGAUAUGCUUGUCGCCCCCGUACAUUCUCCCAGGCAAGACAGGCCUCGUCCAAGCGGUGGCAAGCUCGACAGCAAAAGGAUCAGUUUACGAGAGAAGCUGCAGUGCAAGGGCUGAAAAGCAGAGCUGCGUUCAAAUUAUUGCAGAUUGACGAGAAAUAUCGAAUUUUCAAGGGCGGGCAGACAGUUGUUGACUUGGGCUAUGCCCCAGGAUCUUGGUCCCAGGUGGCCGCAAACCGCACUCAACCGCACGGCCGAGUCCUCGGUGUUGAUAUCAUCCCAGCCCAGCCACCAAAAGGAGUGUCUACAAUCCAGGGCAAUUUCCUCGCACCUGAGAUCCAGACUUACAUUCGAGACUUUCUCCGCAGCCCCGAGCGAGGCAGACCGCGCCAGCCCGGUCUUCAGGGCGAUUCCAGCACCAGUCUCUUGGAACCGACUAUAGAUUCCGAAAACCCCGCCGAAAAAACGUGUGGAAGUGAUAAAAUUCUUGAAAGAACGGUGGAUGUGGUUUUAAGUGAUAUGUCUGCUCCCUGGUACCAGACGUCCGGAUUCUGGAAACGAAGUCUAAGUGCUCCCUAUAACAGGAUGAUGAACACCAGCGGUCUCAACUUCAAGGAUCAUGCUGGCAGUAUGGAUCUCUGCCACGCGGCUUUACGCUUCAGUACAGACGUUUUGAAGACAGGCGGUCAUUUUGUCUGCAAAUUCUACCAAGGCGCCGAGGACAAAGAGUUAGAACAGCAAUUGAAAGAUCUAUUCAGAAAGGUCCAUCGGUUAAAACCCGAAUCAUCUCGCAGCGAAUCCAAAGAAGCAUUUUUUGUUGGUCUGGAGCGAAAAAAAUGA